CGCCGCUGGAUGUAGGAGGGUUCCUUGUUGUCGUUGGUGGAUCAAGCUGCUCCGGGAGGUCUGUGCGUAGAGAAUCUCGCUGCACCUUCGCGUCUCUGCUGAUCAGAAAGGAAAGUUUCCUAUACACAUCAAUGAAGGAAAGAAGAACGAGUCAGAAACUGGCCAGCAAAUCAAUGAUGGAUCCCAACCAGAAUGUGAAAUGUAAAAUUGUGGUGGUGGGGGACAGCCAGUGUGGCAAAACUGCUCUGCUCCAUGUCUUUGCCAAGGACUCCUUCCCAGAGAACUAUGUCCCCACUGUAUUUGAGAAUUACACGGCCAGUUUUGAAAUUGACACGCAGAGGAUAGAACUGAGUCUCUGGGAUACAUCUGGGUCCCCUUAUUAUGACAACGUCCGACCUCUUAGCUACCCAGACUCUGAUGCCGUCUUGAUAUGUUUCGAUAUCAGUCGCCCCGAAACACUCGACAGUGUCCUGAAAAAGUGGAAAGGUGAAAUUCAGGAAUUCUGCCCCAACACCAAAAUGUUACUGGUUGGCUGCAAAUCUGACCUCCGUACAGAUCUAACCACAUUAGUAGAACUAUCUAACCACAGACAGACGCCAGUCUCCUAUGAUCAGGGGGCAAACAUGGCCAAGCAGAUAGGAGCAGCCACAUACAUCGAAUGCUCUGCGUUACAGUCGGAGAACAGCGUCAGAGACAUUUUUCAUGUAGCCACCCUGGCAUGUGUGAACAAGACUAACAAAAAUCUUAAAAGGAAUAAAACUCAGAGAGCCACAAAGAGAAUUUCGCACAUGCCGAGCCGGCCAGAACUAAGCUCUGUGGCCACAGACUUGAGGAAGGAUAAAGCAAAGAGCUGCAGCAUCAUGUGAAACCAUUUUUUUGUUUUUUCAUACUGACCGAGAAAUAUCCAGUCAUCAGUGCAGUCUGAAUGAAGGGAGCUGCCAUUUAGUUCUGCAUUCUGCUGGUGGUCAAGGGAAACCCCUUGUGUUUGGUACUUUUAGGAUUCAGCAUGUUGACCGAGGAAGGAAACCGUUUAGCUGUUUCUGAAAUGUUACAUGGAAAAUAUGCCAAAAAAAACAAAAAGGAAGAGGAAUGUAUAGGAGAAAAGGGAGAGUAAUCAUAUCGAAACAACCAAACCUUUCAGCUGGAUUUCCCUGUGCUGUCCAAUCACCAGCCAAUAUUCUAGCGCACGUUAUCUUCGUAUGAGGAUACUAAUGAAACUGCACUUUGGGAUGGCGUCAUUUGGCUUCAAGUGUAUAUUGAAACUUUGCAUAGCUUACUAUCUACUCUAACAGAAUUAAAGAGAGCUGGGGAACCCCUAUCAUUGCAUGAAGGCUAGGGCUCCAAUCAAAAGGGGGAAAAAUAAGUCAUUCAGGGAUGUCCAUAUUGCCUUCAGCUGUCGGUGGCAGCUAACGACAGCCCGCGGUUGGGCACCCCUGAUGUAAAUACAAAGUUGUUAAACAACAUUAAAUAUGUCCUUUGUGUUCUUAUCAACCUUUAUUUUUACAAAGGUGACCCGUGGAUGCUGGAGGACCAGAGCAAAUUCUGUACCCUAUACUGGCCCCGGUGAUGCAGAAAAGUGAUUGAAUGUAUAGGAAAACUCCCACAAUGCUCUGCAACUCUUACAAUUCAUUUCCAGCAUAAACUGUGUGUAAGGAAGCCGGCCUCUGGCUUAACCCUUUCCUGUUUUCACAGAAUAUGGUACUUUUUUUUUCUUAGGGUUUUGAUUUUUUUAUUUUAAAAGAUAUUAGGUUAAACUCCAUAGACCAUGCAAGGUUGUUUCCAAGUUUCAUAAAGUGUAGGUGCUAGAUAGGACUAGUGAUCAUCCAACAUUAGAGCCAGUGACAUGCAGUAUUGACGAUCCCAGAGAGCACUGAGUGGGACCUUUGGAUAGAAACACAUAGGAAAUACUUCAUUGUUUUCUCUGAGAACGACAGUGUAAAUUACAUUAGUGCUUAUUGAGGGUUGACAUGGCAACUGUCCGCCUUGUGAAUAACCUCCCCAUCCUUUGUGAUUAUAGGGUCAGUAUAGACUUCAGAUAUGCAGAGGACUACCCCUGUUGGCAUUGUCUUAUGGUAUUAUGGGCAUCAAUGGCCGAUUUCACCUGGUCUUUCCCUCACAGUUAUGCCAAAUCAUGCAAAGGAGUUCUAGGGGAAAAAAGGAAAGCGGUGGCCACCCAUUUUGAGACAAUGGCAGCUUAAGGCUGACUAUGCACAUGCACCUUCAUAGACUGGGGUGGCUGAGGGAAAAGCAAAAGGACAAUGAUUACAAAAAAUUAAGGUAUAAGCCCCCCUAAUGGUAACAAUAUCCUGAUGACUAUGCCUUAACCAACUCAUAGCAGUAAUCGCAUUUAUUAUGCAAGGGACUCUAUUAGACUAAUCCUCCCACGUGAGUUGCAUGUCAUUCCCCUAAACCUGUUGUUUACAAUUAGCAACUGUGCUAGAGUGUUUUCAGGAACGUAUUUUUUUCUGUGUGUGUUUUAACCCAUUCUAGGCCAAAUAAACUCCUUUUGUAGUGGGCCACCCGGAUCUCACCAGCACCUGAUGGGUUGAAAGGAUUUUGGCUAUUACAUAUCUUGCUAAGUGGCUUGCUUGGGGCAAGCAUUCUGUCCAGCAAAUGCUUCAUUUUUGAAGCUCUAAUCUUUUUUUUUUUUUUCUCCCCCGUAUUCAAAUUUUGGGGAAAUUGGGCGAUAUUGAGUCAACGCAACCUGUUUUCUGUAUCGUGAGCAUUUUGUCCUAUGUCCGAAAGAAGUCCUGUUACGCCAAUACAGAUAUAUACCACUGCAAUAUGCUUUCCCAUAAUGCAACUAUGUGCUUUCAGCAGAUUCUGACCAAUAGCUGCUGUGCUCUAUUUUUUAUUUUGUAUACUUAUAUUGUAACAACGGAAUAAGUUAUAUCUGUCUUAAAGCUGAACAUCAUUACUUUUUUUUUGUCAGUCACUUUGUAUGUAUGUUUUUUGUAAAUGUCCCUGCUGUAUUUAUUAAACUUUUUUUUUCUUUAAUAAAAGCUUAAUUAAGGUU